CAAACUUCUUCUUUUUUUUUUGGAACAGUCGGCCACACGAGUCUUAUAAGUCUGAAGUAAGGCAGUGGUGACUACCUACCAGAUAACGUAUGUUCGUAUUCUGAAUGAUGCCUUCGCAUGCAUCGAUCUUUGUCUUGUUUGUCAAUGCUUCGGGAAUUCGGCGAGUCAUCAAAUACGACAUCUCCUUUUUGGGUCGAGGAAGCUCUCAGUACCCAUACCUCCAAUGCAAAAUACUCAAGCCACAGACACUGUUGGUUUUUCAUGAUGGCUGACCUCGCGAUAGCCGCACUUGACCUCGAACGGAAUAAAUAUCCAGAAGCCGUCGGCGAUUAUGGGAAUUCUUGACUACACAAUCGCCUCUAAGUGGACAAAAAGAUCUAAAGAGUGGAGAAACCAUCUCAUCUUGAGGCCGCAUCCCCGUCUCGGCGUCUCCUCCACCACUUUCUCGGGCCGGACGGCGUCAAAAGCCUGAUUAGCGUUACUCCAAAUGGCUCUCGUUUAGCCCUACAAGGCCAUGGGUUGAGCCUCCCGCGGUCGCCGUGACCAAGGAUGAUGCCAAUGGGGCGGAAUUCCGAUGCCUCUGCGCUGCACCUUAAGACAUGGUUGGCCAUAUGCCUUCCAUAUUCGGAACCAUUUCCGUAGAAAACACAAACAAUUACCCUCAGAACAUCCCGUAGUAUCAGUCACGGAUUCAUCAAGCUUAAGCCAGCGGCCGGAGUCCGGCACGGGACAUGUGGGACCCCUCCCACUCUGGCGCCGCCGAGUCCCGUCUUAGACGCGGAGGCUCCGAGGUCCAAGCUUUGAGCGGGAAGGAUAAAAGUCUGUUGGAACCUCUUCGCAUCUAAUCUGAUCUAAUCUUGAUGAUCUCGUCCCAACCGAGUACAAUUUUCUUCGACAAUCGAAUAUGGCCAACGUCGAGGCGAACCAAAAGUCCGCCAUCGAGGGGGCGGACGUCGCGGACGUCGCGCCAGAGCCUGUGACACCGACGACGUCCAUUGAGGAAGCGAAGCGUUCUUCAGACGAAUCCUCCGCGCCGAGUCGAGAUGUUCUGUAUGCUGCUGGAGUUGGUUUGAGACCCGAUGAUCCUUCUUUGCCAUGCCUGACGCUCCGCAUGUGGGUGAUUGGCAUUGGAUUUUGCCUUUUGGGUAGCGGCGUCAACACUUUGUACACGUUCCGAUUCCCAUCCAUCAGUCUCUCCCAGUCAGCGAUCCAAUUCCUGGCAUACCCUGUUGGAAAGGCAUGGGAGUUUGUUAUUCCCGACUGGGGUUUUAACAUCAGGGGUAAUCGCAUCAGCCUGAACCCAGGCCCUUUCAACUACAAGGAAAACAUCCUAGUCUAUAUCAUGGCCAAUCUCAGCUUCUUGACUCGGCUGAGUGCCGAUGUCUUGACCGAACAGCGAGUCUUUUACGGGCUUGAGGCAGGAUGGGGCUUCGAGUUGACCGUUACACUGUCAACGAUUCUCUACGGCUUCGCUUUGGCUGGACUAUGCUAUGCAUUGGUUGUUGAGCCCCCAGGAUUGCUGUGGCCUGGUGUUCUUGGAAACACAGCCCUCAAUGCUGCGCUGCACACUGGCAAGAGAGAGGACGAGACCGAAGCAAAGUGGACGGCAUCUCGCUACAAGUUCUUCAUGCUCGCCUUUAUUGCUUCGUUCUGCUGGUAUUGGUUCCCAGACUUCAUUUUUCCAGCACUGGGCUACUUCACCUGGGUCUGCUGGAUCGCUCCAAAUAAUGCGGUUGUCAACCAGGUUUUCGGCAUGAAGAGUGGCAUCGGUUUGUUUCCAUUCACGUUCGACUGGAGUCAAAUUGCCUAUAUUGGUUCUCCGCUUGUCGUUCCCACGUGGGCCAUUCUCAACAUCCUGGCGUCUCUAGUGUUCUGGAUCUACAUCAUUUCUCCGGCGCUUUACUACUCAAACACCUGGGACUCGGCCUACUUACCCAUCCAGAGCAAUUCCAUCUACGAUAACUUGGGAAAGACGUUCAACGUCUCCAGAGUGAUUAACAAGAAGGACGACUUCACUUUCGAUCCUGUCAAAUACGCCAACUACUCAGACAUCUAUCUUCCCGUGACAUACGCACUAAACACCUUUGGUCUCUCAUUUGCCACCAUCGCGUCACUGUUUGUCUGGUUGUUCCUCGAGAAACGCCGACACAUUGCAGCUGCGUUCAGGUCUACCCAGCUUUCUGCUCUUCUCGGGGGUAAGAUCGUCCCUAGACACAACCCUCAGCCAGGGUACAAGGCCGUCCCGCUCUGGUGGUACUGGGUAGCUGCGCUGCUUGCUCUCGGAUUCGGGAUGUUCGCUUGCGAGUUCUACCCAGUUCAGCUUCGUUGGUACGGAGUCAUUCUCGCGUUUGCAGUGUCUGCCAUCUUCUUCGUUCCCCUUGCUUGGGUCUAUGCGACGACGAAUAUGAAGAUUCAAAUUGAUAUUUUCUGCCGUAUCAUUGCUGGAUACAUCUGGGAAGGCAAGGUUCUGGCCAAUAUCUGGUUCUUCAAUCUUGGCUAUAUUUCUGGUAUCAAAGGCCUAGCAUUUGCUCAGGACUUGAAAUUGGGCAUCUACUGUAACAUUCCGCCCCGAAAACUGUUCCUCGUGCAGUCAGUAGGCCUCGUCAUCGGUUCUCUGGGUCAAGUCUCCGUUCUCAACUGGGCUCUCAACCACAUCCCAGAGAUCUGCUCCACAAACGCCCCCAACGGCUUCACGUGCCCCUUCUCUCGUACGCACUUCAACACCAGCAUGGUUUGGGGUGCUCUCGGACCCCGUAGAUUCUUUGCCGAUGGUGCGAUGUACCGCUCGCUGCUGUGGUUCUUCCUCGUUGGCGCCGUCCUGCCCGUGGUCGUCUACCUGGUGAGGAAGAGAGUCUUCCCCGAGACCAAGUGGUUGAAGAAAGUCCACAUUCCGCUCUUCCUCGGUGGACUCAACUACAUUCCCCCGGCGUCCGGAACCAACUACGGCAGCUGGGCGAUUGUCGGCCUCACUUUUGGCUUGCUCAUCAAAAGAAGGCAGAGAACUUGGUGGAGACGUUACAACUUUGUUCUCAGCUCAGCGCUGGACUGCUCAGUUGCUAUUGCUGGAAUCGUCAUCUUCUUCGCCAUAUUCUACACCGGGGCUUCCAAGAAGCUUAGUUGGUGGGGUACCGAAGUUCAUAAAGAUACUUGUGACUGGAAAAGUUGCACUUACAUGAGCCGAAGCGCUCAUAAAAAUGCCUGA